CAAGCAGAGGGUAAUGUCAGAUGGGCAGUUCUCCCCUUCUGCCUGACGCUCUCUUUAGCUUGACCAGGGCUGUUCUCUGUAAGAAAGAGCAGGAGCUGUGGCCGCAGGGGGAGGAAGCGGCGGAGGCGCUUGGAACCUGAAAAGUCUGGGGGCUCGCGGUCACCUCACCACGGCGUCUCGGCCGUCCGUCAGCACCAUGGACAGCGGCGCCGUCCCCACGAACGCCAGCAACUGCACCGAUGCCUUCACACACUCUUCCGGCUGCUCCCAAGCCCCUAGCCCCGGGUCCUGGGUCAACUUCUCCCGCUUCGAUGGCAACCUGUCCGACCCAUGCGGUCCGAACCGCACCGAGCUGGGCGGCGGCGACAGCCUAUGUCCUUCGACCGGCAGUCCUUCCAUGAUCACGGCCAUCACCAUCAUGGCCCUCUACUCCAUCGUGUGCGUGGUGGGUCUCUUCGGAAACUUCCUGGUCAUGUAUGUGAUUGUCAGAUACACCAAAAUGAAGACCGCCACCAACAUCUAUAUUUUCAACCUUGCUCUGGCAGAUGCCUUAGCCACCAGCACCCUGCCCUUCCAGAGUGUCAACUACCUAAUGGGAACAUGGCCGUUUGGAACCAUCCUCUGCAAGAUCGUGAUCUCCAUAGAUUACUAUAAUAUGUUCACCAGCAUAUUCACCCUGUGUACAAUGAGUGUUGAUCGCUACAUCGCAGUCUGCCAUCCCGUCAAGGCCCUGGAUUUCCGUACUCCACGCAAUGCCAAAAUUAUCAAUGUCUGCAACUGGAUCCUCUCUUCAGCCAUUGGUCUGCCUGUAAUGUUCAUGGCAACCACAAAAUACAGGCAUGGUUCCAUAGAUUGUACACUAACAUUCUCUCACCCAGCCUGGUACUGGGAAAACCUGCUGAAAAUCUGUGUUUUCAUCUUUGCCUUCAUCAUGCCUAUCCUCAUCAUUACGGUGUGCUACGGCCUGAUGAUCUUACGCCUCAAGAGUGUCCGAAUGCUCUCUGGCUCCAAAGAAAAGGACAGGAACCUGCGAAGAAUCACCAGGAUGGUGCUCGUGGUUGUGGCUGUGUUCAUUGUCUGCUGGACUCCCAUUCACAUUUACGUCAUCAUUAAAGCCUUGAUUACAAUCCCAGAAACUACUUUCCAAACUGUUUCCUGGCACUUCUGCAUUGCUCUAGGUUACACAAACAGCUGCCUGAACCCAGUCCUGUAUGCAUUUUUGGAUGAAAACUUCAAGCGGUGCUUCAGAGAGUUCUGUAUCCCAACUUCCUCCACCAUUGAGCAGCAAAACUCCACUCGAAUUCGUCAGAACGCUAGAGACCACCCCUCCACGGCCAAUACAGUGGAUCGGACUAACCAUCAGCUAGAAAAUCUGGAAGCAGAAACUGCUCCAUUGCCCUAAGUGGGUCUCAUGCCAUUCAGACCCUCACUGAGUUGGGAAACCACCAUUUAUGUGGAAGCAGGUCACCGCAAGGAUGUGACGGAGGCUCUAGCUUCCUAGGAAAGUACCUGCUUCCAAGUCAUCAAAAUGCUUUCCUCUCUGGCCACUCCACUCUGCAUAUCAGAGGAACAUCAAAACUAAAGGAAGUGCUGGGAAGGAAAGGACUUGAACACUCAUGAAUCAGCUCAUGUACGUAACCACGAGGAAGAUGCCCCACGGGACAAAUACACGUGGUAUGUGAAUUGAGGUCAUCGUGGAAGAUGACUGUACUGUAUGUAGUAUUUUGUUUUCAAGCAAAUAUUUAUGACAGCAUCAAAGAAAAACCAUCAGUCAUUAAAUUCACCAUAGUAACACGUAAAGUAAAUGCUACCUCUGAACAAAGCACUUUGCGUGGAAAGCCCAAGACUUUCGAGUCCUCUGUAAGGGAAUACUUUGCUCUAUAUUUUACCUUUAAUGUUAAAGUAUCUUCUAAUUAAGACAUCAUCUCCAUCUUUAUUUCCUGGUUUUGAACUUUUUAAAUGAAUGUCUCUUACCUAGUUCCCUAAUUGCAAGAGAAGAGGUUAUCAUGAAAAGUAAUAUGAAGCACAAUGAUAUGUCAGCUGCAGAAAGACUGAUUCUCAUGCUUUGCAGGUACUUCCUGAGAGUCAUAAUGGGAGAUUUUCCAUUCUUAGGCUUUCAGUGCAUUCUCCUCUGUUUUAACUGUGCAAUUACCUUGCUCCCAUGUAAGUACUCACAAAAGAUAAUAGUAGGUCAAUGAGCUCAUCCCUUAAUCCAUGCAGGAAGUCAAGCAUUAAAUGUACUCUCCGCUUCCCAGUAGUUGUUCCAUUCUGCACACUCCCUUUGCAUAUUAUGUUCAUUUUUGUAAACUCUGCUCAGAAUACUUAUGCCUUUUGAAUCAGUGUGAUAAAAUGACAGAUGUUUUGUUGAUUUUCAGUACAGUUUAAACUCUUUUAAAAAUAUGGAUCCAAUAAGCUUAAUCUCAAAACAGAAAGAUUCAUAUGACCAUAGAUGAAAAUGGGUGAUCUACUUUUCAAUCCUGUGUAGUCAUCUAGACAUGAAAUAUUAACAAUGACCCAAGAGUGUUUUCCUGAAGAUUGUAUUUAUAUAAUGUCAUCACCAAUAUGUUGGUCCUUUUUGAUCUUUGCUAAAUGUCAAGGUUUCCUUUGUAAAAUGUCAGUCUUCUAGGUAGUUUCUCUAAGAGAAUUCUCCCCUUUGACUGGUUUUCCUUGGUAUGAAAGACAGUAGAGAUUUGGCAAUCACCCAUUUUAUUUAAUCUAUGGAGACAGUCAAGUCAGAUGCACCAUGCCAAAAAGUUUUCCACUUUGAACUUUUGUCUGCAUUCAUUAAAUGAAGGAAGUCCAUUGUUGUUAUCUAUGAAGCCUCAAGGAGAAAACAGGGUGCUAGUUUCCCUCAUGAAUGUUCCUCAGUCUACAAAUGGCCAGUAGACCAAACUUUAAAAAUUUGUAUCCAUUCUUCAAUCUAACAAGGCACAGAUAUGCAUCAGACAUGGAAAGGCAGUGUUUCAGGAAGACAGCUGUCAUGGGUCAGAGUUUACUGUUUCAGAUCCAAUUGGCUAUGGUUAUGUGUACCCAACACAUGUAUCCAUUGGAUGAGAAAAAACAAAAGCUAAGAUUGUUUUAAUGUUUCCUUUGAUGAAGUCUUAUAUUUGCCUCUGGUAAUCUCCAUUUCUCAAGUAUUAUAUCCCAGAAUGGAUAUGCAAUAUUUUUAUUUUAUUCUAAUCAAAGUAAUUAAAACCAGGGCCUUAGACAGGUUUAGAAUGUUAAUUAAAUGCAUUUGUGUAUAUAUUUCAUAUAUAUACAUAUAUAUACUGUUAGAGCUUCCACAAGUAAAAGGGAUAAUUCCACUGAAACACAGUAAGAGAAAAUGAAAUAUGUGUAUAUAAGUCACUGGGGAGGAAACUUGUUUUUAAUGGGCCAUAAUAACAUGAGUUCUAUCAAGAGAUUAUGCCGUUUUGCUUUCUGCUCAUAAGGCUGUUUCUCAACAAUUAUUAUUUCUUCUUAAUGACUAACUCUUAGUUAAGACAUUCUGAAGUAAAUAAUAAAGAAAUGUGUUUUCAAUAUUUUUCAUUCAACACCAUUUUAAAUCAAAAAUUGGCUAAAACCACCCUGCAAUCCCAUGGCAAAUAGACAAGUAACAGCUCUGGCUCAGUCAGAUGGGCUAAAGUUUCCUAUGAAAUCUGAAGAUUAAAAAAAUGUAAUGCUUUUUCUUUCCUUCUCAUUUCAUCCUCAUUUCUCCUUCCUGCUCUUCUGGGGUGUCUUCCUGGUUUGCACCCAGAAAUGCAGGCUGUAGGUGUGAACUAAGAGCAGGACAUGGCAGCCUCAGCAUCUCAGCUUCUCUACUGGUCACACAUAUGUCCCUAGUAUGGCUGUGCCCAAAUGGCCAGAAACACUGUCCUCUUCAUAGAAAUAUCCACCAACAGGAAAUGGUGUCUUUACUAGGAAUCCUUACUGCCAUUGUAGAAGCAUCAUGAUUCUUGCCUAGAUUCUCAAUAAAACUCUUCCCAUGGGCCACUUUGUUUGGGCUAGGGUAAGGGAUGGGGAUAAACAUGAGGUUUCAUUAGUGUCUUGGCCUAACCACUGUAUUUUUCCUUGAGUGAGAUGCUUCAGGAUUCAUAGUCACAGAAUAUGGCAUCCAGAUUAUAUUUAAGACCAUUCUCAUUAGGAUCUUAGGGCCCAAAGUCAAUUAAAGGGUCUAACUUGGUGACAUCUAGCCAGGAGAUAGUUGAAUUUAAUUAGAAAUAAUUUCAACCUCCUGUCAUUGUUUUCCCCUGAGGUCAAAAUACUAAAACUGCAAGGGAAUAUGUACAUUCUUAACUGUUCAAAAUUAAGCAAAACCAAAUUCCAGAAGCUUAGUGUACUAUAGUAUAUGACAAAUAUUCACACUCUUGUCUUGUAAUGCCCUAGCAUUUCUUAAGGGAGAAAGCAGAUGAGUCAAGUUCAAUUUAAUUAAACCAACUCUAUUGUGUACUAGGCACUCAGGCUACAAACAUAAGGACUAUUGACACUGAGAUGGAAAGUGGGUUGAAGGUGCAUCCUGUAACAUCCAGGUUCUUCAAAUAACAUGAAUACCUGCAUAUGCAUUUUAAAGGAAUUUUAAAAGCUUAGGAAUCAUUAAAAUUGAAUGUAUCUGUCUUUGAGAGUAUCUCUUGACUCAAACAUAUUAAAAGACCAUUCUAGACCCCGGGAACAUAUUCAGAAAAAGGUCUGUUUUCUGGGGUUCUUCCCAUUACAAAUUUAAUGCAUAUUUAGUAAUAUACUUUUGCAACUCCUUUGUAUUUCCUGUAAACUUGUAUUAACUGAGAAUUACACUAAAAUCUGCACUUGGAAUUGAACUUAAACUUUACAAAGUUACAGAAGACAUUGGGAGAAUUACUGCUUCCUCUGCACUUUGAGAGAAGUUCAGGUUUGCAUUUAACAGCCAACCCACCUGAAAAUUAAUGCUUAGAGCUCUAAUGUUAUCAUGUCUCUGAUUCCAUACCUAGAAAAAAAGAUCCCCAUGAUUUUAUGGGGCACAAGUGAUGAGCUGAUGAGCUCCUUCCUUCUCUCCCAAACUCCAGAAACUUAGUUAAUUCUCUGAUUCGUCCACAUCCACAGGAGUUCCCCAUGUGCCUUAGGACAAAAUAAAACCAUGGUGAUAGAAUAAGAUGUUUCUAGAAUAUACUACUCAGUCUGAGACAAUGCAAAAGGUAUUUAUAUGAAAAAAAAUUAGUUUAGAAUAGGUACAACCAAUAGGAGGAAAGGAAGAGAAGGAGGAGAAAAAGAAAGGAAGGAGAGAGUGACAUGACUCAUUUUUAUCAUUCUACCAUUAGAAUUAAUAUUUGGCAUCAUGCUUCCCUGCCACUCAGAGAAAACAGUUGGCAUUACCACCCUUUACACAAAGAGAUCAACUUUAAAAAGCACUUGGAUGUUUUUGUAAAGUAGCAAUAUAUUUAAAGUUGUAAAGGUUCUUUAUAUUCUAUCAGAUAAGAAACAGGGCCUACCAAAUCCACAUUUGAGUGUAAAACCCUGGAUAGUUUUAUAGUUCCACGUCUCAGGAAAUCUUCCAUCCUUGUAGAAACAAUGCAUAACAGUCCUAUGUUAGUGUAAAACUUGCCUGAUUAAUCAACAGCUCCCAAUCUUUCAAUGCAAGCAUAGAUAUGUUUAUAUUUUUUGAAUGGUGUGUCUUUAGUAUUAGCUUUGAGAGAAAGCUAUAUCAAAUAUAGCUCAUGGUGCAGAGGGGACUCACAAUUUUUGCAGCAACUGAUUUUGCCUUUGUAUCUCAGUGAUUGCACAUUUCACUGGUUUGUUGUCAUUCAGAGCUAUCUCAUGAACCAAAGAAGCUUGCUUCUCACCCCACAGUUGUGUGCAUGAAAUCUAAACUCGAGCAACUGAAACAACAAAAAAGGUUUACUGCUUAAGUUUCAACUAAUAGUGUCACAUUCAUAGCAAUGUAUGCUUUGCCUAUAAGGAAAAAAAAUGUAUAUUUGUUUUAUGGCUUCAGAGAGCAACACAGAGGCCCCUUUGAAGACAGUGAGGAAAAUUCAUUCAGUAUUGUCACGUCUGUGAUAGGAAUGUUAAGCAAAAAAAAUUUUCCAGGAAAAGUUGGAUGUAAAUACUGCCUACAGCUUCCUUCUUCUUACACUUGCAAUUUGGUUUUUGAAAUAGCCUAAAUCUUGAGAACGGGUUGUCACAUUCACUUUCAAGUCUCUUAAAAGAAGUUCCUGUUGUUUUGCUUUAAAUAUAUAAAAGUUCUAUUUAAUUAGCAUUACCCACUGAUGUUAGAAAAAUUUCAAAGAAUUUGACAGGUUACAAAAUAUCAAACAGAAAUAAGAGGAAAUGUGGUUCAAACCAAGGGAGAGAAGAAGAGAAAAGGAGGGAAUUGAGGAGACAGCAAUUUUCCUGAGAGUCUGAAUAAAAUCGAGGGUAGUCACACUCACUGAACAACAUGAGCGAGCUUCGUUAACUUAAGAAUAAUAAAACCUUUAAUUAAUGAAUAUCAGAGAAAAAGGAGAGGAGAUUACAUUUACAUGACCUAACCAUUGUGAUUUCACCAUCUAAGGGAGAGGAUGAAGCGGAAAAAAUCACUCAGAAGACAAGCAAUUAUUUUUCGCCAUUUUGAGGAGGGCAGAAGUACCUCAACACUGUACGAUAUUUGCAAAAUCCAUAUGACUUUCAGGCUCUCCUUUCUCUGGUUACCUCAGAGACGGCGUUCUGGGUGCAGAGAUACAUUUUACAUUCCAUAUCUGGUUAUGGCCAUGAUCUCACCACCCCACACUGCUUUGACAUCAAAAUAACCAAGCCUAAAGGUUAGUUGGCACUGCUUCCAGUCUGCAAGUGCCUAGCUAGAUCUGGCUUGCAGAUAUCCCAGUUCUGAGUUGGGAAGGCCUCGUUACACGCAUGUGAUACGUAUAUAAAUUCAGCCCUCAAAGGACUGCUAAUCAGAGAUAAAUCUGUGGACCCCGCUCUUUUUUUGAGGGAUGUAUUAGAGUUCUUACUUUCUCCAAAUAAGAAAAUGCAACUUGCAUGAAGUUUCCACAAUACUCAUAACAUUGAGAUGCAUUAUUAAUUUCUAUAGUUUCCCUGGCAGAGUGGGACAUAUGACUGUUCUCUUGCCAUAGUCAAGACAUGCUCUGAAAUCAGUGGGCAUUAUUUUCUAAGGAGUCUAACUAACAGACACUUCCAAAAGAGAAUAGUUCCCAUUUAUAAAAGGAAUUUGGGUAAACUGGUCAGUCAGGUAUUUGAGAGAGCCAGUUCCUUGUCCACUGACUCUGAGCUUUCUUGUUGGUUGGUUGGUUGGUUGGUUGGUUUGUUGGUUGGUUGGUUGGUUGGGGAGUUUUGUUGGCUUAUUUGUGUUGCUGUUCAAGAUUUUUUACUUCUCCCAAGGACAUUGGUCAUCACACAGAUGCUUGCUCCUCUAUUUUCUCUGCUGAAUGGGUUUCCCUUUGUAAUGACAAGUGUAGAAGGACAUCAUCACCAGAAUAAAGCAGGAAAUUGAGGCAUAUCUUUGCUCAUGGCUUGUCAUCAUGUUGGGCCACUGACAUUCCCCAUUUCACCAAAUGUCCCUUUUCUCUACAUCAUUUUGGCUUUAGAACCAGACAGAAUUCAAUCUCUAAUAUACUAACAACACAAGAAACCCAUAAGCCGAUGCUUGCUCUCCAGCAACCCUGAAGGCGGUGAACCUGAUUCCCAUUGCCUGCUCCUGCCUCCGCGGGGAUCCAUUCAGAAAACAGAAAAAUACCAUGGCCUUCCUGUUACUCUCUUUGGCUGUGAGACAAUUUGCUCUCAUCUGCCCCCAGGCCCACCCAGCACAGACUCAGUAGAAAGCUGCUCCCCAUCACUGUUGCACUAACUCAAAACCCAUUUUCUUUAUGGAAAUUCAGUGCCCUUAUUUCUCAAGGAAAGAGAGAAAACCAAAAGGCUUCCACCCAGCUGAUUCCUUGAUAAAUUAGGGUCAAAUAAUAGCAAGUUAUUUUCAGGAUUUAUAACUCAGUAUUGCAAAUAGUGGAACCUGGCAAGUGUUCUCAGAAUCCCCUUGCUGCCUGUGAAGCAAUCACAUAACUUCUACAUGGCUUGGGGAAAAACAACCACCAUAUGA